AGUUAAUAGAGGGGACUGGUUAUGAAGGCCGGCAUACAUGAAAGGGCCGGCCUAUUGUUCGGCUCCUGAGGUUGAAACGUACCGUGACGUCACGCGAACGUGCACAUCCUUGAUUUGCACUACAAGGCAACAUGGCGGAUAGUAGUGAACUUUUUAUUUUCGGAGACGAUUUUGAUGCCAUUUUAGACAUUUUAGAAGAAGAAGAAGAGCUAGAUGAAUACUUUACAGAAGCUGCUGACGAUGUCGAAUUCGAUGACUUAGUAUGCGAACUGUGUUCCAAGAAGUGCAAAAGCAAGAGUGGGUUAAAGCGACACAAAACAGCGAAGCACAAAGACCAAAAUAGUGCAGAUUCGUCCGAAAAGCCAAGGGAAACAGAGCAGUUCACCUUCGAGAUUUAUUGUGAAAUCAUCCACAAAGCAAAAGCCAAAAUAGUUGGAAAGAAAUUGUAUCCAAGUUCGAUUAGAGAGGAAAUAAAUACCUACCAAACAAAUCCAGCAAAUGGAGGUAUAAGCG